CGUAAUAGGUGUGCGACGACGAGAAAGUUGUCUGUAGUCAGACGAAGGAUGUCAACAAGUUUAAAACAGGCUUUAAAAUCUCACUUUGGCUUCGACGGCUUUAGGUCUAAGCUUCAGGAAGAUGUUGUUAACGUUGUCGUUAGAGGUCAGAGGGAUGUGUUCGUGUGCAUGCCAACCGGAGCAGGGAAGUCUCUGUGCUAUCAGCUGCCUGCAGUGCUGGCUGAGGGUAUUACUCUGGUUAUAUCCCCGCUAAUCGCUCUCAUUCAGGACCAAGUGGAUCACCUGAAGGAGCUCAACAUCGCUGCCUGCUCCAUCAACUCCAAGCUUCCGGUGGGCGAGCGCCGUCUGAUCCUGGCUGAUCUGAGGAGCAAGCGGCCCAAACUGAAGCUACUCUACAUCACUCCAGAGAUGGUGGCCUCGCCCUCUUUCCAUCCCUGUCUGACGGACCUGUGUUCCCGCGGCCUGCUGUCCUACCUGGCUGUGGACGAGGCUCACUGCGUCUCCCAGUGGGGCCACGAUUUUAGGCCAGACUAUCUCAAACUGGGUGAGCUGCGGGCUCGCAUACCAGGAGUUCCCUGUUUGGCGCUGACGGCAACAGCUCCCAAGAACGUUCAAGAAGACAUUGUUCAGUCGCUUAAGCUGCAGUGUCCGAUGUCUUUCGUCACGCCUGUCUUCCGCAGCAACCUUCAUUAUGACGUGAUCUUCAGGGAUCUGCUGCCGAACCCUUAUGCUCACCUCCAUGCCUUCAUCAAAAAAGCCCUGGCUAUGGACAGUGGAGCUGCUGGACAGGGCUGUGGGAUUGUUUACUGUCGAACUCGGGAUGGCUGUGAAACGGUUGCUUAUCAGCUGAACAAGCUUGGAGUCGUAGCAAAGGCUUAUCACGCAGGUAUGAAGGCAGUAGAUCGCACAGAGGCGCAGAACGAGUGGAUGCAGGGGAAGGUGCUGGUUAUUGUUGCAACCAUCAGCUUUGGCAUGGGAGUGGACAAAGCCAACGUCAGAUUUGUUGCACAUUGGAACCUGGCAAAGUCUCUGGCGGGUUUCUACCAAGAGUCCGGACGAGCAGGUAGAGACGGUCUGCCCUCGUUGUGUCGCACAUAUUAUAGUCGGAAGGAUAAGGAUCAGCUAAACUUCCUCAUUCGGCAGGAAGUCACCCGGAGACAGGAGAAACGAGGCUCUUUUAAGGAAACUGACAAAGCAGCUCUCACGGAUUUGGAAGCCAUGGUUUUGUUUUGUGAGCAUGAAGGAUGUCGCCAUGCCAACAUCUCCAAGUUUUUUGGGGACAAGACACCGAAGUGCGCGGGUGCCUGCGACUUCUGCCUCAAUCCCAAAGUGGUGCGGGCCCAGCUGGAGCAAGCGGCCGCUCUCAGCACCAAGACCGCAGAGGGCCAGAGUGGACAGCCCAAGGGGCCGUUCGGGUACCUGCCGGAGCAAUAUGAAGGAGGGAAGAAGGGCUACGGCUUCGAAAGGUACGAUGAAGGGGAGGAAGGAAAUGCUGAAGAGGAGACCAAAAAGAGGAAGAAAGAGUUUUCUGACCUCUUCAAGAAGCAGAUGAAUCUACGAAAGGGCUCUGACGGCCUGAGGAAGGACUUUGUUCCACCAGAUGCUGACUGUCCGCUCAGAGAGGCCAGCAGCCAGAGGAUCCCCCGGCUCACGGUGAAGACCAGAGAGCAUUGCCUGUACCGCCUGCGAGAUGCUCUGCGUGACCACCAGGGGUCAGAAGACAUAUUCAGCUGCAGCAGUCUGAUGUCAGCGGUGGAUUUAGAGCACGAGGUCUUCAAUAGCUGCAAAACCUCCAACUUGUACAAAGCUGCCAUCUUGAAGAAGGUGUCGGAGAUUACAAAAUCAGCACCUCGGACAGAAGAAGGCAGCAGCAACGACUCCAGAGAAACGGAGACGAAGCAUAAAGCCGAUGGAAAUUCCUCGUGUUUAUACCCAGAGGAGCUGCAGGGCUUCACCUCGGCCUCUCAGAUCUACUCGAUGAAGCGGAAAAGAGUGGGAGCGGGCCAGAGGGGCUCCUCUAACUGCUUCCAGUCCGCCAAGGAUCUCCUGAAUCCUGUGUCUAGCAAAGUGACGGAGAACGGGGGCUUCAUCGGCGACUCCUCCGUGGAGUCAGACGUCAAACGGAUCAGGGUGAAAGAGUCGGAGACAGAGACGGCAUCAUCCGUCAGAACCGGAGCCGUCAGCCCGGCCAAAGCAGGCAGAGUCAUGAGCAGGAAGCAGCAGAAGAUGGCGGAAGCGGCGAAGAGUUCUCGCAACAUCUCGCAGUACUUUGUGAAGAAGAAACUCGCGGAGGAGGAAGAGCUGCGCCCGGAGGCAGGCGGCUUGUCGUCAGAGACUCCCAGUGAGGUUUAUGAAGAGAACUCAAGGCAGGAGCUGCCUUCCCUGCCGAGCGACCCUGCGCUUGUAGAGAGCGAGGAUCUGAUCCUGAUAGAACCUAAAACGGAAGUCAUCGUUUUGUCCGACGAUGAAGAGCAGGAAGCGGGAAGAGAAGCAGCUAUGACUCUGGUUGAAGACAUUCCUCAUGAGGAUACGACUACUAUCACAGCACCAAACCAACCUAAAGAAGAAGAAGAAGCAUCUUCUAGUCUACUUUUAGUUCAAGAGGUUACAGACGACGUGGAAACGGAGCAGAAGGAGACGUCUCCUGCGGCGAAGCGCAGCCGGACGCUGGGUUCUAGCAAAAGGAGAGUGACGUUCAACCCGGAGGUGCAGGAGAGGUCGCUGCCGCCGCCCGGUGAACCUGUGAAGGCCGUGACGCUGCAGGAAACGGCUAACAUUGUGGUCCAUUAUCUCAACCCCUAUUAUACUCAGGGAAAGUUUGCUACUAAGGUUCUGUUUAAGUCUUUUGCGCGAUACUUGUCUCACCUUCUUACAGAGGGUAAAAGUUGUGAAAAAAGCCAAGUUAAAGGUGAAGCUAAAGUUCUCAUCAAGACGUUUUUCAGCAGAGUCCAGCGCUGCGAGAGCGAGGCCGACUGGGCGCACCUGAAGAGAUCGCACAACUCCAAAGCCCCAGAGAGCAAGGACUGAUGGGACAUGCAGUCCUUUUCCUGUGUCAAAGUCUUCUUUAUCAGUGCCUGUCUGGUUCCUGCAGUUGAUUUCUGGCUUUUUAUUCAAAAAGCUUAAAAUGAAGGGCUUUUGCAGCUGCUUGCAUGUCAUGUCAACACAUGAGCAAUAAAACUGACAGUCUGUCGGUGUAAUGAUGAGACAAGUGCUCUUAAUGUUUUAGCCCCCAUGAGUCAAGUCAUGUUUAAAAUCUGUGCAAGAUGUCCGAGUCCGCUUGGAUCAGCAAAACUACAGCCUGAUCCUCAACUUGAAUCCAAGAAGUCAACAGGAUUUCUUUUCUUUGUGGCAAAAAUAAAAGCGCAGGUGUGAACAGGUUACAUCACUCACACAGCUGUAUUUAAUUUAUCUGGUUGAAGUGCUAUCAUAAGCAACAAAAGAUGAAUAUGUUGAAAAGCCCUUCAUGUCUGCUGUUCAGCACAGCGGAGGAGCCGUCAUGCUGUGGGCCUGUUUGUUUUCUAAAGGAGCUGGGGGCGGGAACCUUGGUCAUUCAAACACUUUAAUAUUUGAAAUGCAUGCUUGGCAGAAAACAGGAAGUGAUACAGAUCAUAUGGUCAGAUGUGACACCUUGUAAGUCCAUUUCAGUUCUCAGACCUAAAUCCUCUGAAAAAUCUAUGAUGAGCUGAAAAGCAGAGAGGAUUCUGGGUGAUCAACUCAGACUGGGAGAAGAGGAUCAAAGAUCCCACUCUGUAAAAUGUGGAAAUGCUAAGAGCUUUUCUAAGGAAAGAUGUUUGACACACUCACUCUCAUCUUCGUUAUGCAUCAACGUCCUACUUUAACGGUUAAAAGCUUUCAGACUAAAUUGCAUCAGAAAGAGUUUAAUAAAACAGAGGUUCCCAUUCUGAGGACCACGUGUUUACCAAAUCACAUAGCAGCCUUCAAUGUGUUUUAUUAAAAAAAAAUAAAAUAAAAGCUUCUGUUGUGUUUCUAAAAGGCUUUUUAGUUUGUAUUUUUCAGAAUUUCCAAACAUCGCGAGCAUGUAUGUGUCUGUAUAUUUAAAGUAGAUGGGGAUGAAGCCACUGCUGGAUUUUUAAAACAUGGGGAAAGCUGCAGCUCACUGUUGGGGCUAAAAAUAUAUUUUAACAGUUUCCUCAUGUUGUAUCUGUCCUGCUGAAACAACUAAACGUGUGAUUUCAUAAAAUCUGUUUCUUUUCUUCUGUAAAUAAAAGAUUGUUUUACUUUUA